AUGGAGAAAAUUUCCCUUAUUCAACCGCACGCACUGCCAGGACUGAAGAUGGACGUAACUUCGCUGAUGACGGGAAACCUCGAACAGGACGCCGCCACGUUGGACCGGAUUCUGGAGGGCAUGUGCGAAGUGCUAGAAGCACAGCCUGAACUGGAGAAAAAGCUCAAGCACAGAGUUUGUAGACCUGGUGGCUUAGACGAGGCUCGCAUCCGGAAGUUAUGCCGUUUCUCUGGACCAGAUGACUGGACCCGCCAGCUGCUCGCCUCGAAUGCGAUAAGCUGGCGCGAUGGCAUGCGUUCGUUCUGGGAUGACGCAAAUGGCCAGGAUACGUUCAUUGACCCUCAGGCAUACGCGAUAUCGGUAUUUUACCGUCUCGGAGCUGCUCCAAGCGAUGAUGCUUAG